AUGACUUGUCAGCAAGUCAAAGUUGAGCAUCAGGUUUCAUCAGGACUAUUGCAACCAAUGUCUAUUCCUCAAUGGAAAUGGGAGAAUGUGAUAAUGGAUUUUGUGACAGGGUUGUCAUUGACUCCAAAUAAAAGAGAUUCAAUUUGGUAUGAGCUUAAGAACCGAGAAGUUCUUGGUCCUGAGUUGACUCAGGAACUGAAAGAGAAAGUUCAAGUGAUUCAAAAUAAUCUGAAAGCUACAGCUAAUAGACAAAAAUCAUAUGCUGAUUUGAAGAGGAAAGAAAUUAAGUUUCAAGUUAGAAAUAAAGUAUUCUUAAAGGUGUCUCCAUGGAAGAAGGUGUUGACAUUUGGAAGAAAAGGACAUGAUGGGAGGCGACAGCGACGACGAAAAGAAAGAGAAAAGAAGGACAAACAUCAUAAAGAUCACAAAGAUGAAGGGAUUAAGGAUAAGAUUACCGGUGACAAAGAUGACGACGACAAACAUCAUAAAAAAGGUAAAGACGAUAAACAUCACAAGGAUCACAAACAUCAUGAUAAAGAUGAAGGGAUAAUAGAUAAGAUCAAGGACAAGAUCACCGGCGACAAAGACGACGACGACAAGCAUCACAAGAAAAGUAAAGACGAUAAACAUCACAAGGAUCACAAACAUCAUGAUAAAGAUGAAGGGAUAAUAGAUAAGAUCAAAGACAAGAUCACCGGCGACAAAGACGACGACGACAAGCACCACAAGAAAGACAAAGACGAUAAGCAUCACAAGAAGGACAAGGACGGUCAUGGCAGCGAUGGAGAGAAGAAGAAGAAAAAGAAGGGGAAAAAGAAGCAUAAAGACGGCCAUAAGAGCGGCAGUGAUAGUGACAGUGAUUAG